GCUUUCCCAUCUCAUGUCUCUUAUUUUUUGAAGAAAAGGAGGGUAAGUUGGAAUCAGGUUCAAGUCUACCUAAUCAAAAAAGAAAGCGGCAAAGAUUGUCCCUCCUCAGAUCUUUCAUGCUUUCAAGUGCAUGACCUAAAAGAUGUCUAGAGCUGACAAUAAUGGUGUUCCUAAGCACUAUCCUGGUCACGCAAGGCGCACUCCAACACCAGGCAAGGCAACAAUCCUUGCGCUAGGCAAGGCCUUCCCCAGGCAACUGAUUCCUCAAGAUUGCUUGGUCGAGGGUUACGUUCGCGACACAAAGUGUGAAGAUGCAUCCAUUAAGGAGAAGUUGGAGCGACUGUGUAAAACCACUACCGUGAAGACAAGAUACACAGUUUUGUCCAAGGAUAUCCUAGACAAAUACCCUGAACUAGCCACUGAGGGCUCGUCAACAAUCAAGCAGAGGCUGGAUAUCGCUAACCCUGCAGUUGUGGAGAUGGCCUUAGAGGCAAGCCUUGCUUGCAUCGAGGAAUGGGGAAGGCCGGCAGAAGAUAUUACUCACAUUGUUUAUGUUUCGUCCAGCGAGAUACGCUUGCCUGGUGGUGACCUUUACCUUGCUAGCCAGCUUGGUCUGAGAAGCGACGUUGGCCGUGUAAUGCUAUACUUUCUAGGAUGUUAUGGUGGUGUUACUGGCCUCAGAGUUGCCAAGGACAUAGCAGAAAACAAUCCAGGAAGCCGAGUUCUGUUAACAACUUCAGAAACUACCAUACUUGGUUUCCGGCCACCAAACAAGGCACGCCCUUAUGAUCUUGUUGGGGCUGCACUUUUUGGUGAUGGAGCUGCAGCUGCUAUAAUUGGUACCAACCCAAUAACAGGCAGAGAGUCUCCCUUCAUGGAACUGAAUUAUGCAGUUCAACAAUUUCUUCCAGGGACGCAGAAUGUCAUCGAUGGUCACCUCUCCGAAGAGGGAAUAAAUUUCAAGCUUGGAAGAGACCUCCCACAAAAGAUUGAUGAGAACAUCGAGGACUUCUGCAAGAAACUCAUGUCAAAGGCAGGUUUGAAAGAAUUCAAUGACCUGUUUUGGGCCGUCCAUCCUGGAGGACCAGCUAUACUGAACCGGCUAGAGAGCACUCUUAAGUUGAAGGCUCAGAAGCUUGAAUGCGGCAGAAGAGCUCUAAUGAACUAUGGAAAUGUUAGCAGUAACACAAUAUUCUAUGUCAUGGAUUACAUGAGGGAUGAGUUGAAGAGAGAGGGAGGUGAAGAAUGGGGACUUGCUCUGGCAUUUGGUCCUGGAAUUACCUUUGAAGGCAUUCUCAUUCGUAGCCUAUAAAAUAUAAUUUACAUGUACCUACUUGGGGGAACAAAUUGUUUUAUGCUGCAUUUUGAAAUCAAAAUCUAGUAAAUUUUUUCCCCUCAAGAGUCCAAAGGAUUUAAAUUGAGUAGGACUAUAACAAAAUA